AGUCGCUUCUUUUAGUAUUUGUGUUAGGAUAAAGUGGUAGUUGAGCUGAAAUGUAACGUAAAUGCAAUGCUGUGCGAUUCUCAUCCAUUUUUCUACUGCUUAUCCCUUUUGGGGUCGUCACUAGAUAAAGCUGUAUUUUUUUGUCGUUACGCAGACUAUUUUUUCUUUUAAGUAUUUUUAAACUUAGAACAUCUUACACACAACAAGAUGGCUGUCUCAGUUCCCGCCUCGCAGACUGUCCUGUUGGACACGGGGGCUCCUAUGCCCCUUCUGGGUUUGGGCAUGUACAAGCUGAGCGCCGAGGAGGUUCACUGUGCUGUGGACAUGGCCCUGGCUGCAGGCUACCGGGCCUUCGACAGCGCCGCCGUGUACCGCAAUGAAGCCGACCUGGGUCACGCCCUCAAAGAUCUCUUGCCGAAGUACGGCUUGACCCGUCAGAAUGUCUUCAUCACCAGUAAGCUGGGGCCUAAAGAUCAGGGCGAGAAGGCCAUGAAAGGAGCCCUCUGCAGCCUGUCUAACCUGGGGAUGGAUUACAUCGACCUGUACCUGGUCCACUGGCCUGGCACUCAAGGCCUGGAUGUGUCUGACCAGCACAACCCAGACAACAGAGCUCAGAGUUGGAACGCCCUGGAGGAUCUGUUCAUUCAAGGAAAGCUGAAGGCCAUCGGAGUGUCCAACUACACGCCCGCACACAUGAGGCAGCUUAUCCUAAGCUGUAAGAUUCGCCCGGCGGUGCUGCAGGUGGAGUUCCACCCACAUCUGUGCCAGGACGAGCUUAGGAGCCUGUGCAAAGAGUGGGGGGUGUGCUUCCAGGCCUACACUUCCCUGGGCAGGGGGGAGUUGCUCGCAGACCCGGUGGUUGCCGAAGUGGCAAAGUCUUGCAGCCGGACUCCUGCACAGGUGCUGCUGCGUUGGGCAGUGCAGCAGGGCAUCCCGGUGCUGCCCAAGUCGUCCAAGCCAGAGCGGAUCAAGGAAAACGCCGGGGUAUUUGACUUCACGCUGUGCGAGGAUCACAUGCAGCGAUUGUCAGCCUUGAAGCGAGGACGCAGGUUCUGCUGGGAUCCCUCCCAGGUGGUUUGAUGGUGGGACACAUUGAACUCCUGGAUGAUGUUCGGAGCCUCUUUUAUGAUCAUAAAUAACUCUUGAAUCACUUUUAACAUGAUUUAUUUAAGACAGCAUUUAGAAGAUUCACAGCUGUAGAGAAAAUGUACAAAAUGCAACAUUUCAUUGUUUUUCCACACUAUUUCAAGUAAUACCAAGUUGCAAAACUGCACGGGCCCGAGUAUUUUUUGUUGGUGUUUUUUCAUUUUGGAUAGAGCAUGAGCAUCAUGCCUAACGGCGAGUGCAGUUUAAGGCGGUACUGCGCGACCAGCGUCGCACUUAGAACAAGUUCAAGGCAGGUAGUUGGAUUCUAGCUUCUUUACAUCGUUCUGCUCUCUAUCGAGGCGUCAGCACCUUGUACUUGAUGGAUGCAGGUCAACAAUAUUGUUACUUCAAAACCUCUAUUAACAUUUGAUUCAACAUAGUAAAAAAACAAUGGUACUGAAGGCUAUAUUUCAGUUUGUUCAUCACAAUCAGGAAGAUUUACAUUUCAUUAAAUACACAUGAUUGAAUGUUAAUAUAUUGAAAAAGCCUAUUAGUUUGUCUAGACCCACAAAAAACAUUCAAAGACAGAACAAAGGCAACAAUUACCAUUUUGUAAUCAGCCCAUAUGAAUCACAUUAUCAUAGUAGCUGGUUUGUUUAAAAAAACAUCUAUUCCUCCAGUGUUAAAUCGUGAACAGUGCACAUUAAACAUGACUUUUUAAGGUAAAAUUCUAAUCUCUGUUUGGACAAAACAUGACAUCAUCAAACGUUCUUUGCGUCGCCAUAUUGUCAACAGAUUGUCCACCAGCAACCACGGCAACGCCACGGUCACAUUGUUUAUCACCGUAAAGUUAUAGCAAAAUAUUUACACUUUUAAACUUAAGUCUGUUAUAAUUUGUAAAAACAUCUUAUAUUGAAUUUGUGCUUAUUUUGUGUCUUAAAAUGUAUCUUUUCUCUUGAUCUAGUGGACUAACCCUGCCAUUUUACAAAAAGAUAGUCAUUGAGAUUGUCCGUGUAUAUGAUUGUUAUACAUACGAUACUUUGCAAAAGUACUUGGCCACCAUUGGAGUUGUCUGCUGUACUUAUUCACUUUUCCUGUUUUCUAGUAACUUGGUAGUUUAGGGCCACACCGAAAAAAAUAAAAUUAAACAUGUAUUAUGAGAAAACUGUAAAUAAAGCCGUUAUUAAAGUGUUGUUUUACUUGAGUACAGUACAUCUGAGAAGAAAAAAGGUACUAUAAAAAGGGUAAUUUUACAAAAUUGGUAAAUUAAUAAUUUACAUGAGAAAAAGUUGAUAGUUUUUUAUGACAAUAAUGACGCAAAUAAUGGUUUAAAAGUACAGUUUCAUAAAUAUUCGCAUAGUACUCAAUGUACAGUACAAAAGUACUCCCAAAAUUUGCAUUUUUCGUUAUUGCAUUUUAAUAUUUUGACUUAUAUCUUUUAGUAUUCAUGUUCUUUCUUUAAAAAAACUGACCUUUCUCACAAACUGUUUCAGUCUGGCCCUAAUACAAAACUAAUAUAUAAUGUAUAAAGAGUGUAUGGUUAAUGGAGUACAUGUGAGCUGCCAUUCUGUAAGUGAACCCUUAUCGAUGCAAAAAGAGCACCAGUCUUUCUAAUGACUCAAAAUG